CUUAGAUUGAGUCAGUAGGUUUGUCAGUCAGGGGUUGACGUCUACGUGGUGAGGUUUGGAACCACUAACCCGGUUGUACACUUAUCACCAUGGUUGAUACCCGUAGUGGGAAGGAGAUUAGCCCCUACACCACUGAGCAUCAAGAAAAGAUGGCCGCCUUAGUCAGAGAGAAUAAGGAGAAGAAAGAGCGUGAAAAGCAAGCCAAGCUAAAGGCUAUCGCAGACGAGCAGGCGGUGAAGAUGAAGAGAUUGGAGGAGGAGAUGAAGAAGGUACAACAGGAGGAGGAAGAAAGAAGGAAGGUUGCUGAAGCAGAAGCGGCAACAGAAGAAGAGAAAGUGAGGAUGAGAAUUGAGAGUGGGGAAGGAAGUAGUGGUGGCACGAUGAAGUGGGAGACAGAUACUGAGCUGGAGAAAAAGAUCAGCGAGUGGGUGACUAAUUUAUCGUUGGGGGAAGACGAGGAGGCGGAGUCCUAUGUGACUCAGGAUGAGAAGGCUGCGCUGGCUGCUGAGCUAGCGGCCAUGACAGACCCAAUGGAACGAAGAGAGAGGGAAGAUGAGCAAAAGGAUUUUGCGCGCGAAAUCGUCACCCACAUUGGGGGCGAAGUCAAACAGUUGAGAGACAACGUAGGGAAGUUUUGUGAGGGCGCCAUUCAGGGUGCCAAAGCAGUAGCCGCUGUAGAGGGAGAGGCCAGACCCCGUAAGGACCCAGUGAAACUUAAUUUCCCAGACGCAUACGGGGGGAAGAAGGACGAGAACUUUGACAAYUGGGAGGCCAGUGUCAAUAGUUACRUUUAUUUACAGCAUAUCCUGAUGGAGGAGCAAGUCCUCGUGGCCUUCCAGGCCCUGAAGGACGAAGCGGCUAGCUUCGCCAGGUCUCUCGCRYGUACAGCCGRUUGUGAAAACAACCUGGUUGCAUAUUCUAAAGUCACCCCUCUUUCCCAAUUCCUCAGGCUCCUCAAGGAGCGUUUCGCUGACCCAACGAGAGGCAUAAGAGCCUCUGACAAGCUUCAAACGAUCCACUCACGGCAGUGGAGGAGUGCCAAGGCACUCAAGGGUACCAUGAACGACUUGGUAGCCAUCUCGGACCAUGGGGUCACUGAGCCCCAGCUGGUUCAAUUGUUUUAUCGUGCCAUUCCAGAGGCCCUACAUGGGCAUUUCUUUGAUAAGUCUCAGCAGAUCGGCAUCACAUACGAUCAAUUGAGUCGCAAAGUCGUCCUGUAUGAGUCGAAGUCUAUGCCUAUUACCACUUUCUGGCAUAAGGACUUAGAGAAGGGGAAGAAGUGGAAGAAUCGUACCAUCUCAGGCCAAGUAAAGGCCAAGGAUCACAUGAUCCUGACAUUAGAAGAAGGUGGUACCGAUGAGGUCCCAUAUGACCAGAUUGAGUGGGGCCUUGAAGAUGAUGGUAGUAGUGUGGGGCAGGGGAGGUCUUACGCUGCUGUCGCGGCUGGAGGGAGGCCGCAAGGAGGAGGAGGAGGCCUGGGCCAAAGGGGCCAGGCCAUGGGAGGCCGAGGACCGGGCGCACAGGGGGUUGGCGGACAGGGAAACCACCAAGCGGGAGGUAGGGGUCAAGGUCCCCCGUCAAAUCGCCAGGGUAAUCGGUCCCCACAACCAAGAGGUGGAAGGGCACCUCAAGGAGGUUGGCACCCAGAUAACACCUUGGCACAUUGCUGUCUCAGUGCUCCCUCAUUCGCACGAUUAGUAAAGAAGGAGCAGUUAGAAGACCAGGUCUUUGUAGUUUAUGUUAGACCAGUCAUCGAGGCCCAAGAAAAGGAUAGUUCCACAGAUCCAACAAUUGCCAAGCUGCUGGAAGAAUUCAAUGACUUGACUCAGUCGCCGACAAGAGUAGUGUCGCGACCCAUCCAGCAUAGGAUAGAGAUAGAGUCUGACUACAGAACUCCUAAGGGUGCAGUGUACAGGAUGUCCCCUAGAGAGUUAGAGGAGCUUCGCAAGCAGUUAGACGAACUCCUUGAGAAAGGUUGGAUCAGGCCCAGUUCGUCUUCUUUUGGAGCACUCAUUUUGUUUGUCCCCAAGAAGGAAGGAGAGUUGAGAAUGUGUAUAGACUAUAGGGGUUUGAAUGCGAUCACUGUGAAGAAUGCUGAGUCGCUGCCCAAGAUAGACGAUCUUUUAGAUCGGGUGCAGGGUUGUAAGUAUUUCUCUAAGAUAGACUUAAAGUCCGGAUACCAUCAGAUAGAAGUCCAUCCUGAUGAUCAGUACAAGACUGCGUUCCGGACUAGAUAUGGGCAUUACAAGUUUAUUGUGAUGCCCUUUGGACUGACCAAUGCGCUAGCUACUUUUCAGCGUUGCAUGAAUGACCUGUUUAGACCAUGGUUAGAUAAAUUUGUGGUAGUCUACUUAGAUGAUAUCCUAGUCUUCAGUAAGACCCUCCAGGAGCACCAGRGUCAUCUGAGGCAGGUCUUGGAGAAGCUUAGAGAGGCUAACUUCAAGAGCAAUGCGAAGAAGUACGAGUGGGCCAAGACGCAAGUCUUGUACUUGGGCCACAUGUUGGACGGAGAUGGCAUUAAGCCAGAGGACAGCAAGAUCGCGACGAUCAGAGAUUGGCCGACGCCCCGCACGUUGACAGAGUUGCGGUCGUUCCUAGGCCUAGCUAACUACUACAGGAAGUUCGUGAGGUACUUCUCCACUAUCGCCGCUCCCUUGCGCAGGUUGUUGAAGAAAGAGACAAUCUGGCAAUGGGAUAAAGACUGUACGUCAGGGCUAAAAAAGUGAAAGCGCGCGUUAAUAGAAUAUCCUGUCCUCAAAGUAGCGGAUCCGUCCUUGCCAUUUGUCG